AUGGAGAGCAGUCAGACCCAGGAGACAGAGGACGGCUCGUACCUGGGGUGAGACACCUUUACUGAAGACUGACACACUCUCCUGUUUGUUGUUUGACUGCGUCUGUUCCUGAACAAUGCUCAGAUUUGUCCAUGUUGUUGCUCUCCAUGAACCUGGAGCCUCUCCAGUCGUACAUUCCUGCAGACAGUGAUGGUGAGGGACAGGCUGAGACGUGGCAGAGCUUUUUAGACGACAGAGAUUCAGACCUGCUGGUUAAACCUGAGCACAAACCUGCUGGUCCCAGUUCAGUUUACUGGUGUUUGUAGGUGCCUGUGGAGGAACUUUAAAACCUGCAUCAGAACUAAAAGUAUGAAAGUCACAUGUUUUAUGAUCAGUUACAGGGAAAAGAGACAGAUUUUGACCGUCACUGUUGUUUCAUCAGGACAUGUUAUAAAAAAACUCUGUUGCCGCUGUUCCUCGAUUAUAAUUAUAAUAGUUUUUCUGUCUUUGGAUCAUUUGUAUCGAUGCAUUCAUGGUAAAUAGAUUUUAAUAGAAGUUUAGCUUUAAAUGUGCUGGUUGCAGGGGUGUGUCCAGACGGUUAGAGGACAAGGGCUGGGAUGGGCCCCCUUUUAAAUUUGCUGGCCACCCCAGCUUCUGUCUGCUAAAUCCUCAAGAUUAACUGCAGAUUUUUAUUGUUCGAGUCAAAAUUUGUACUAAAAAUAAACUUUCAGACUUUGUUGAUGCAGAACCUCGGUAAUAAGUUUGUGGAAUAUUUUGGUGCUGAAACAUUCAAUUUGAUGAUUUUUUUUAAUUGUUAGUGUGGUGGAGUUUGCGUGUAAUUUUUGUAGUUAUAAAAUCUUGGACUUUAAUCAAACCUAGUUUUCUCAUAUUCACUUUCUGUGCUAAGCUACGCUAGCUGUUUCACCCUCUCAUGUUUUAAGUUUCCCGAAUUUCUUUAAAAUAAUAAACAAUAAAAGAAAAUACAGAGUGGCGCUGCUGGAUUUGUUGUAUAAACACGCAUCCAUGUACAGAGGUUAUGCCUCAAUACGGGGCCUGUCCAUAUCCUGUCUUCUCUAAAUCCAAUAUAAAUAUAUAAAAUAUAUUUCAAAUGUUAUAUCCAUAAAAUAUCAGAUUAGAAAAUGAACUAGUAGAGAUGAACUUUUGAGACCAAGAUCCUCUUUGUUCCAGACUGUAAACAUGUUUAGUUCUGCUGUCUAAAGUGAGUGUGUGUGUGGCUGCUGGGCCUCUUCAGCCAGCCUCAAGUGGACACUUGAGGAACUGCACCCGCACAACAAAAUUUGCCUCCGAAUAUUUCGGAAUUUCGUGUCGAAAAUCUGUUCAGAUACACACCGGGAUUUUUAAAUUUCCGUCGUUCUCGGAGGGACCAAUGGAAAUUUACGAUGCGAGAUAACAAAACAAAUUUUGACGCUCCUGACUAUACACAUCAAGCGCGAUGCGAUUUUGCGAACAGGUUAGCAUAUGAGCUAAAGUUACUUAGCACAGAUGAAAGUUAAAACAAAGACGUUUAUCAAACUGUUAAAACACACAAACCAUCGUCAGAUGAGAAAUCCGACGCUAUGACUCUCCACAAGUCGUCCUUCAGGUCGUUAUCUUUGUAAUGUUUGUGUCUUUUAUCAAAAAUCACUCUGUUCUCCGACACGUAAACAAUCAGCCGGUCGGCCAUGUUGGAUAUACCGUUGAAUCUGACGUCGCAACAACACGAGAUCUGAUUGGUCAGAAGUGGACACACAGUAUGAGAAAAAUCGUCCGUGAAGCGAAAAAAUAAAUGCCGCAAUAUCACAGGACGGGAAAAUGUCGCUGAUGUGACGCUUGUGUUGACAGGAUACGGGUUAAAAAAAAAAUAAUGACCUUUAAAAUAAUCGCACGACAAAAUGCUCCCGGUUUGUCAGGACCUUAAUAGUUUCAUGUUUUUGAUUUUGAUCGACCUUAAAUGAAAAUAUUAUCAGUUUAAUAAUAAAGACAUGUUGUCGUUUUAUUUGUUGUUUUACAGUUUCCAGAGGACUCCCUCACUCAGGCGAAAAUGGAGGAAACGUUACGGCGGUCUGGACGGAAACAAGCUGCUGGAGCCCAAUAAAGAGCCAGACAUGAAAGGUCUGACAGUGUGUGUGUGUAAGUGUGUGUGUGUAAGUGUGUGUGUAACACCCUGUGAUUAGUGGUGUGAGAAGCAUCCUUUUAGUGGGCGGAGCCUGCUGGUAUCUAAAUUAAGUCGCCGCCCCCUCCUCACCACAGAGCUGCUGAUUGGCUGCAGACACGUCGUUGUUUCUUCCUCUGCUUCUAUUUUUUUCCUCCUUUAUUUUUCUCCGAGACGCUCAGACUGAAAUCUGCUCCAGCUUUAGAAAACUAACCCCAAAUCACAAACUCCGGCUCUGAAACUAUUUCUAUUUUUAUGUCUGUGUUCAUGAAAACCUGCAGACUGCCACAGAUUCGUGUCGCUGUGUGAAGGAUCCUCAAAGUUAAACAUUUACGUCCCUGCAGAAAAGAUGUUUACAGAGAGGAUCGUAUUUAGAUUUUAGGGCAGAAAUGAAGCUGAUAAGUCGAGUUUUAGUGUUCAAAGAGCUGCAGCUUGGAAAAUUUUGAACAAAUUCAGGAGCUUUUACCUUUAACUUUCAUUACAUUGAGAGUUUAUACUUCUCCUCACAUUUCUCUGAAUUACUCUAAACCCUGUUAACUGCAGGACUUUUACCUGGAGGGCAGCAGGACAAAGUUUGUGUAAAACUGUAAAAUUGUUUGGGUUUAUUCGUACAUGUAGCUGAUCUGGAAGUUUUCAGGAUUUGGUGUUUCAGUCUGUGAGCUCUCUUUCUUUAUACAGUUCUUCUCCUCUCCUCCCUCAGAUGAUGGAAGGAUGACAGACGUGAACCAGCAGAGGAACUCAGAGAACCAGGUAGACCUGCCUGAACCCGUCUCAGUCCUGUUAUUGUUUCUGUUCCUCCUCCUGAACACAAGCCUUCAAUUUUCCCUCACAAAGACCUGACUCAGGAUUAAAAAAACACGCUCACAGUGUCAGAGGUGGGAUUUCACUCAGUCUGCUCGCUUACAGAAGUUACCUGAGUCCGUUUUUAUCACAGUUUAAUAACCAUCAGGCUGAACGGUUUACAGGCUGCUGUAAAACAGGCUGUAACAGAACCAUCGGGGGUAAAAGUGAAACCACAAACAGCUGUUUUAACUUUCUAACUGCUCUUUAAAGACGACAGACUCUGAUGGAAAAUAUGUGAACUCUCUCCGGGAAACAAAUCUCCAAAAACUCGAUGUCUACGGGGAUCCUGACUGUGAUGAUACGAGACUCUGACAACAACCAGAACCUGUGAGGGACAAAAAACAGGAUGACGUACUUUGAUAAAUCCAGAAUUAUGCUGCAGGAGCGACUUCGAAACUUCAGAUUAAAAAACACUAGAUUUCAUUUCUUACAGGCGAAACAUUUGAGAUAUUUAACUGGGUGUUUUUUGUUUUGUCACUUCCUGUUUGUUAUCUGAUGGUCAGCCAAAUAUUUAGUAGGAGUUUUGGCGCCGUGGGCAGGUGAUUAUGCUGCGUUCGAGUUAUCUCUGGAGUCAGAGGUCGGAGCUGAAAAUGACGUCACACCCAGCGUUUCAGUUACCGAGUUGGAAAACAGCAAAAUCAGAGGUGAAAACAAGAUAGCUACAUCUACGAAAAUUAUAUUAGCGCUUGCCUGAAUUUUUUGAACAAGGCAAUCACUAAAAUAACUUUCCUAGAUGUAGCCAUCUUGUUUUAGGGAUGGGAAUCGAGAACUGGUUCUAAAUGGUUCAAUCCAUCGACGUCAAUUCCCUUAAUGAUUCCUUUCUUCCAGGUGUCUCACUAGAGCCAGUCUACACAAACGAGAACAGAGACGGUACAAAAAGUACGCAGGUACGAUCUAGAGCGUGGCGUCAUUUUACUAAGAAAGACGACAAUAAGUUUAGAGUUUGUGUAGCGUGGACUAACGGAGUUAGAAGCGUUAAAAAACACUCGACCCGACAAGAAAAACCCUCAAAAUUUUGCACCGACUACGCCCCGUGCUUUAGUGUCCUCUUUUUGGGGGUCCAGAAUAUGGUCACCCUAAUUUGACUUAAUACCGACCAAAGUAAACGCUGUAUAAAUAGUUUGUUGUUUGAUUAUUUUUAGACUCUCACAGGUGGCGGCGAACAUCUGUUUUUUGAGCUAACGGUGAAAAAACUGUAGUCUACUUUUUUUUUUUUAAUCAAAGAAAGGCAUUGAUAAGGGAAUCAUUAAAAAAUUCAACCGUUAAAGCAGAAUCAAUAUUAGUGUCGAUAUCGAUAAAAUCUUAUUAAAUCCCAUCUCUAAUUCAGAGGAACCUGAGGAGAGGAGAAGUGAAUAAAUAUCAAAUUAAACAAAAUAAAGACCAUAAAAAAACACGUAAUUUUACUGCAUUCAGGCCACAUUAAUAAGAAACCAAGGAGGACCGCGACAUAACGCCUGCCUUUCAAAAUAAGAUAUUUUUCAAAAUAAAAGACAUGUCAAACAUCAGACCUGCAUUUACUUUUCAGCUGUUCGCUCUUGGGUCAGGACCCACCAGUUGAGAACCACUGCACUAGAUGACACACAAAUAAAAACACGUAUCCACCGUUUUUUAUUCUUCAUUUAUACUGUUUUACAGAGUAAAUCUGCUCUUACCUUCACUCUUUCAGCUCCUGCUGUUGUUCUGGAGGUCUCUGUGAACUGUCUCCUCUGUCCUCCUUCACUGUCAGCUCUUCUUCUUCUUCUUCUUCUUCUUCUUCUCCUCUUUGCGUGUUUUGCGGUUAAAAACUGUCUGUCCGGAUGAGUUUACCUCCGCGUUCAUUUAACACAUCUGGAAACGGACUUACACGAACUUUGGCGGUGAUAUUUGUUGGUAAAUGUGAGCGUUUGGCGCACAUACUGUAUUUACUCCUCCUUCCGCCAGUUUACGGAUUUGAAGCUGAAAAGUUCUCCGUAUUUCCGCGUUUUUUCUCCACUUCCUGAAAACAACAUCGCGCAGUAGCGUUGUUCGCAUUCGGCGGGAGAGUCGCCGAGAGUCAGUGGAGACCGACGUCCGCGCAUGGCGGCCAUUUUGCUACGGUCAGCUCGCCGACUCCUAACAUUCCAGUCUGUGGUUCAUGUAACAUUUAAAUAACCACAGAUUGAUUCAUUUUAAACCGAUUUUUAAACAGUUCGGUUUGUAACAAACCUCAGAGUUUUAGUUAUAAUUAACAUUAAACAGAUAGGUAGAGUAAUAGUUAUAGGUCUACACACACAAGGCAGUUAUAUUAACCAUCAAAACUAAAACAGAAAAAUGCUCAAAACAUUUUAUUUAACUCAAAAUUAAUCUAGAUUACUUAUAUAUUAAAUUUCAGACAUGAUAUUGAACUUCUCUUUGUUUCGUACCUCUAGGAUCCUACACCACGUCCAGCUCCUAGGAGUCUGAUCCAGAACCAGAGUCCGGUCCAGACUGCAGUCCAGAGGCCCGUCAGCCUCGUCAGUCCUGGAUCUGCUGGUACAGUGAACUUUUGGACAUCAGCUGACUGUUCUUAAAACUGGUUUAAUCCAAACGAACAAACUCUGGUUUACAGACAGAGAGGUUAAAUCUGAAGGACUCGUUUUCACCUUAAACUUUGGCGGUCUGAAAAACUCAAUCGCGGUCUCACACACAGUCUGUAAAAGACCUUGAAACGUUUUAUUUUAGCAGCUUUUCCAUCGUCAGACAGUUUGACCCGGCGUGGGGGUGUUACUUUUUACACAGCUGUGUAGUCAUGAUACAACCUAAGUAUUAUACCUUCAGAGAAAACAUCUCAGGCUGGUGGUUAGCUCCCAUUUACCAUCAUGAAUCAUAGUCUUUACAGAUGAAGAGCUCCAGGUCUCAGAGACUCUAAUCCAGCUGGUUCUGGACUUUGUUUAUGAGCGCAGACGGCUCCAUGUGGGAAAAGGAAGUUUGACCCUAAAACCCUCACCUCCAUGUUUCACAGAGUGAUCAGUGAUGAUGAUAAUCAAUAAUCAUAAUAAUAAUCACCUUUAUGAUUGUACAGUGGUCCCGGUGUCGGCCAGUAACGGCUGUCUGAAGCCCCCCCUCCCUCAGGCGGUGGUCCAGCCCGAGGACAGAGGCUUCCCCCCGGCUCAGCCCUGGUUCCCUCCCCAGCAGAGUCCGUCCAAACGCCGGGCGUAAGUCUGCAGGUCGCCUCAGAGAGGAUCAGGAGUCCGCUGAAAAAAAACCUGCUGGUCUAAACUCUAAUGUGGUUUCAGGGCCGCCGACGUUCUGUUCGACAGCUUCACCUCGGAGGGAAGAAUCAACGUGAACCAGUUCUUUGAGGUACGAACAGAUCCACGAAAAUAUGACGUUUAUAAACCAGGAAAUCAUCCCUGAAGACUUGACCUCGACAUCAAGAGGGACACGUGUUCUCAACUCCUUUAAUCGACUUCUUAAACCGGAGCGGUGAAUGAAGUGUUUGACUGGAACUAUUUAUCAAAAGUUAACUGUCACCCUCCAGCCAAUCAGAAUUGAGUAUUCACCUCAGUAUCAACACUAAAUCGAUUAUUUUACAAUUCUUUUUGUCCUGAACUCGAUCAGCUGUCCCCAGACUCUGAAGUUGGAGGUGUUUCUUGUAUUUGUUGGCGGUGAAUCACUGCAGCUUUGGAAACCCUGCUGGUUCCUCUGUUCUCAGGCGAUCUGGAGCUCCGGUCUGCACAGGUCCGACCCCCGACUCAGAGAGUGUUUCUUCCACCUGAGGAAGCUGCAGGACGCUGAGGGAUCAGUGGACAGAAACACCUUUCACAGGUACGCUCUGUUUUCCACAACUCCUGGUCCAACCUUUGACCUUUUGCAGACGAUACUCUGCUCUAUCCACCAGGUGGUCUGGGUCAUGUUCCUGGAUCUAGAGUCAGUUUUUGGGUCUGGUUCUGAUCGUGGUUUUGGUUCUGCCUCUGUGUUUGUGUCUUGUGGUUUUUCUUGUUGCAGGUGCGUCACAGGAUUCGUCUCUCUGAUCCUCAAAGCUCUGCAGGGACGAUUCGUCAUCCCCGAUUUUUCCACCUUCACUGAGGAAACCCAAAAACUUUUCUCCAGGUGUCGCCAACUUUCAUCUGUGCAGGUGAGUUUGGACCGGAGGUAAGCAGAGACUCUGUUUCUGAAGAAGAGUCUCAUGAGGACUCAUGGACUCAUGGAUUCAUGGACUCAUGGAUCUUUUCUCUGUUGUUUGUUUGUCCAAUCAGGAGAAAGAGAAGGAGAGCAUGGACAGCACAAAGUGGGGCGUGUCCAUCUGCACCGUGGACGGUCAGAGGUGAGCUGGUCUCUUUGGUUAAAGGGACAUUUCACCUCUAAAGUCCUCCACAGGUCAUUAAACCGUCUGUCCAUCUAUCUGUCUGUCUGUCUGUGUGUCAGGUUGUCUCUGGGGGACUGGGCAGGCUCGGCAGUGUUGGGCGAGGUGUCAUGGCCGCUGGUGUACGGCGUGGCGGUGGAUCUGCUGGGCUCUGACCUCGUCCACAGAUACGUCGGCAUGGAGGGUUACUCCAGAUACGACUCUCCCUUCGCUCUGAGUAAAACAGGUCCAGGAUCAGCCUGACAUCACCCUCAGAUCAGUUUAUUGAUCUUAAUUCAAUUUAAUCAGAUAUUAAAGGUUUGGUUUUUAACUUUAAAUUAUUUUAAAAAGUGAUUGUAAAGGAUCGGUCAGUCAGGAUACAUACUAAAGCUCAAGUGUAAACUGUAUUAAAUUUCAAUUUUCACAAAUAUUAGAAACAUUUUAGAAACUUUUAGGGGAUAUUUAGAAAAAAAUCACAAAAUUUUUGUGAACUUUUUUCAUCAGAUUCUCACAAACUUUUGUCGAGAAAAAACAAUUUUUCAAAUACAUUUUGGAAGAUUUCAUGGAUACUUUGAUGAAUUUUCAUGAUAAUUUUAAAAAGAUUUCAGAAAUCUUGAUUUAACUUUUAAAUAAAUUGAAAUGUUAAAAACUUUUACUUUAAAGUGUUAUAAAAAAUUCUGUGGAGUUUGAAAGUUUGAAAACUUUUUAGAAAAUUUUUUAGAAAAUUUCUACAAAUAUUAUUUUGAAAAUUUCAGAAAAAUUCUUGAAGUUUCAAAAGAUUCUUGGCAAAACUUUCUACUUUUUUAUGCCAUUGUUAUUUGCAAAAAUAUUUUGCUUCGGGAACUUAAGUCAAAACUUAAACACAUCAAUAUUUCUUUUAUGUAAUAAGUUUACGGUAAUUUACUGUAAACCAAAAAUCUUUGUUCGUUCACGUUUACAUUAAAAAUAAACUGUAUUAGAAGUUCUUGUGUGAAAUACAUGCAGAGUGAACUCUGUCCAGCAGGGGGCGGUAACAGUGUCUCAUAAUCUGUCAGCAGGAAUCCCUCACAGCCCGCUGACUGAGACAGGAGCCAUCAUCACCACAUCCUUACUACAGGUAAUCCAACAGUCAUCCAUCCAUUCAUACAUCCAUUCAUCCAUUCAUAAGCGCCUCGGUGAUGUCACUUCCACUUCCUGUGUUGUUUCGUGUUUCCAGCUGUCAGGACGACUUUCUGCAGAGGAGGAGGAGAAAUACGACUCAGUGAGUAAAACAGAAAAAACUUCAGAACAGAAUUUUACUCCCCGGAUUAUUCUAUUUUCUUUGUUUUUUUCUUUUUUUUUGUUAGUUGGUUUGUUUGUUUAUUUAUUUAUUUUUGUUGUUAGUUAGUUAUUUAGUUAGUUAGUUUAUUUGUUGAUGUUUUUUGUUAGGUACUUGGUUUGUUUUUUUGUUAGUUUGUUGGUUUGUCUGUUUGUUUAUUUAUUUAUUUAUUUUGUUAGUAGUUUAUUUAUUUUUGUUUGUUUGUCUGUUUGUUUGUUUGUUUGUUUAUUUAUUUAUUUUUGUUUGUUUGUUUAUCUAUUUAUUUUUGUUUGUUUGUUUGUUUGUUUAUUUAUUUAUUUCUGUUUGUUUGUUUGCUCUCAGGUGUUGAACGUCAUCCGGAGGCUCUGUAACCGAGAAGUUUGUUUAUUUAUUUUUGUUUGUUUGUUUGUUUGUUAUUUAUUUUUGUUUGUUUUUUAAUUUAUUUUUGUUUGUUUGUCUGUUUUUUUGUUUGUAAGUUACUUAGUUUGUUUAUUUAUUUUUGUUAGUUUGUUUUUUGUUUGUUUGUUUGUUUGUUUGUUUAUUUUUGUUUGUUUGUUUGUUUUUUUAUUUAUUUUUGUUUGUUUGUUUGCUCUCAGGUGUUGAACGUCAUCCGGAGGCUCUGUAACCGAGAACACGCCAACCUGAACUGCAGCAGGUACGAGAACAGCUGACUGAGUCUGAUCCUGUUCAGGUUGGAUCGUCUCUCUCUGUUUUCUGAUUUUAAAGGUUUUUAUCUUGAAUCUGCAGUUAUCAGAGCGGCAGGAAGGACAGUGUCCGACUCCACGCUCUGUCCUUCUACCUGCAGGUACGAGAACAGCUGACUGAGUCUGAACCUUUAAUGAGUGAUCGUUUUUUUAACAGAGACUCUUUUUCUGAACUAACUUUUAUUUAUUCUGCUUCAGUGUUUCCCAGAGAAAGUCGACAUUAAUACGGCUCUGGACCUGCUGCUGCAGGUAACACACACUAACACACACACUAACACACUCACACAUACUCACACAGUGACACACACUCACACACUGUCACUAAGUCUCCUCUGCGUCUCCUCUGUGUCUCCUCCUCGUCUCCUCCUUGUCUCCUCUGCGUCAGUGCACCUCCACAGAGAUCACCUGUGAAUCAGGAGCAGCCAUGGCCGCCUCAUUGGCCAAUGGGGGCCUCUGCCCUCUAUCAGGUGACCAGGUGCUGUCGCCGGCGGCAACACGGAGCAUGCUGUCGAUGAUGCAGGUGGCGGGGAUGAAGGAUUACUCCACCACCUUCCACUACAAGGUCCGCCCUCCGUCCGUCCGUCAUGAGAUUUGAGCGUCUGCUCGCUGUCGUCCAUCUUUGAUUUACCUGACCGCUCUAACCGCCUUCCUGUCCUCGCAGACGUCAGUACCGGCCGUCUGCAGCCGCCACGGCUCUCUGCUCGCCGUGGUUCCUGGCGUUUUGGGUCUGAUGGCGUUCUCUCCAGAGCUAGACGCCUGUGGAAACCCGUGGAGGGCGGUCCACUUCUGCCAGGUCUCAAACUUUUAACCCUUUACACGACCUCUGAAUAUGUCCGAUAAAAACACGCCGUUAUUCCGCCGUAAACGUGUUUUUGUGUGUUUGCAGGAGCUGAUCUCCACCUUCCAGCUGCACAGUUUCGACAUCAGGACCCCCUUCAGACAGAUCCUGGCCUACAGACAGUGGAAGGCCGAGUCUGAGGUCAGACCCGAGCCCAUGUCUGCAGAACCUUCACUGAUCUGGUCCGUUUGUUGGUUCUGCAGUCUGGGUUUGAUUCAUGAAGUCAUGAACUUCAUCUCCGCUAGUUUUCUUCUCUGUCCUCUGAACACAAGUGAAAAAGACCCAAAAAUAAAAAAAAGAAAUAAAAUAAUUUCACUAAAUAUCAGAGCUUCUUAAAACUUUGUAGAAUAAUCAACAUAAAAGAAUGUAUAGAUUCUGACAGAAAUUUUAAACAUAUUUGGGAAAUUAGAUAAAAAUUACAGAAACUCGUCAAAGAUAUUUUAAAAAGUUUGGAGGAAUUUUGCAGAUUUUCAAAAAUUUUUAAUUGGAGCUUUUUAAUUUUCCAUCAAAGUUUCUGAAAAUUUUAAAACUUUCCUGGAAACAACUCAGAAAAUUCAUAUUUCAUGUAAACUCUAUUAUAUUUCAUUUUUUUUUUUUAAAUUAGAAUCAUUGUAGAAACUUUUAGGGGAUGUUUUAAAAAAAAUCACAAAAAUGACAAAAACAAACUUUUGUCAAGAUGAAACAGUUUUUUCAUUUUCAUUUUUUGAAGAUUUCAUGAAAACCAUCAAUCAUAAACUGAUGAGAAUUUUCAUUACCUAAACAUAACUUGCACUCAAAAUGCCAAAAACAAAACAGGGAAGAAAAUGUUGAAAAUUUUUACUUUGAAGUAUUAUGAAAAAUUCCAUUUUUUUUCUAAAAGUUUUAGAAAGUUCUACAAAACUAUCUGGAUAAAAAAAGUUGAAUUUUUUUUACAAACUUUCAGGGAAUUUUAACAAACCGCAUGGAAAAGUUUAAAGACUUCCUAAAAAAUUAAAAAAUUAAAAAUUUCUAUACAAAUUUCCAGAAAUUCAGAUUCUUGGCAAAACUGUUGGCAAAACUGGCAAAAUGCCGUUGUCCUAUGCAAAAAUUUCAGAUAAUUUUGAGUUAUUUUAUAAAAACUUUGGUAGAUUUUAAGAAGCUUUGAUUAAAUCUGCUGAAAUUUUUGUAAAUUUGAGGAAAUUUAAGUUUGGAUUUCAUGGUGACGUCUGAUUUCUUCUGCAGGGUUAUCAGAUCAUGAACGUCCUGCUGGCAGCGUUUAGAGGAGACGUUCAGGCUCUGAGGAGGUAAAGUUAAUUAAUCACACUAUAGACACUCCCAGUAUUGAUCAUUAAUGUCAUUAAAUUCCAGUUUUAAGUUAUUUUGUUGGAGCAGAAUCAGAAAAUCAAGAAUCGACCUGAAUUUUCAGACUGAGAAGCUUCCUCUUCAGGUGAGCAUCAGGUACCUGGCGUCUGAUCUUCUGUGGUUCUGCAGGUACUUCCUGUCUGGAGUGGACGUGAACGCCGUGGACUACGACGGCAGGUCGGCUCUGCACGUGGCUGCUGCUGAAGGUCACACAGAGGUCAUUUGUUUCCUGCUGGAGAACGCGGGGGGGAACGCCGGCCUGAAGGACAGGUGAGACCGUCAUGUGGAUUAUUUUUGGUACAGUCCCUCAGGAGCGUUUUAAGAUUUAAAGAGAAGAUGACAUCAAUAUUUCAGCUUCUUAACAAACGUCUCGGUUUAGUUUUAAAAUCAAGACAAAAACUGAAUCUCUCACAGAAAAUAAAGUCCAGACCUUUGUGUCCUUUCGUCAGAGUUUGAUGUAAUUCUGUCUUUUCUCCAGGUGGGGGAGCUCUCCUCUGCAGGAGGCCAGGAGGCACAACAGAGAGGCUGCAGUCCAGCUGCUGCAGGGCGCCAUCUGA